AUGAUAGCGGUAAUCACUAUGAAUUCAUCAGCGACGAGUGUUCGACGCGUCGUGACAUGCAACGAUCGCCUCAUCGAGUUGCUGCCUUGCUCUGCAUACCUCACCAAGGCAACUCCAUCUCCAUCUCCAGCAUGUUGCUUUAGCGUGAAGGAGUUGAAUGCCAAGGCCAACACUACCGCCAUUCGCAGUGAGUACUGCAAGUGCUUCAAAUCGGCUAUCGUGGGUAAUCUCGUUGAUGCUUCUCUCGCCAAAGGUCUCCCUGGAUUGUGA